GAAGAACGUCAUCGCACUGCGCCAUCAAACAUUGUGAAGUGAGGCAGCUACUUAGCUUGUGCUAGCUGUUACUUAUCUCUACAUGUAAAGGUUUGUUGUUGUUGUUGUUGCCGUCGUAAAGUUUGAAUUGUUUCCUCUAAAGAGAUCCAGCCAUGGCGAUGCAAGCAGCUAAACGAGCGAAUAUUCGUUUACCUCCAGAGGUGAACAGAAUAUUGUAUAUACGUAACCUUCCAUACAAGAUCACAGGAGAGGAGAUGUAUGACAUCUUUGGAAAGUAUGGGCCAAUUCGUCAAAUCAGAGUUGGGAACACACCAGAAACAAGAGGAACAGCCUAUGUUGUAUAUGAAGACAUAUUUGAUGCCAAAAAUGCCUGUGAUCACCUUUCUGGAUUCAACGUCUGCAACAGAUACUUAGUUGUAUUGUACUAUAAUGCGAACAGGGCUUUCCAAAAAAUGGACACAAAGAAAAAGGAAGAGCAGCUGAAACUUCUCAAAGAAAAGUAUGGGAUAAACACAGACCCACCGAAAUAAUCAACAAUUCUUUUAUUAUUUCCGUUGUUUUAUUAUUCUGUCUCGCAUCCAUAUCCUUUUCACUUUACCCCAUUAAGUAAAGAUUUUUUU